AUGGCAUAUGCAAUGCGUGAACAUACGGAACAGAAAGCUGUGCGGCUCACGGCUGACGAUCUAGGUCUUGCCAACCUGCAGCAGCCGCAUGAGGAGGCUUUAGAUGUCCUCGAUCUCCCGCAGCUGUACACAAAGCCUUCUGCCCCGACUCUGCUAAACACGCUAGCACACCUCUCCUCAGAACCGAGCAGUUGGGACACGACGCCCCAGAGCGGCACCCCGCGAUCAUCGCGCAGUGGCACCACUACACCUCACAGCGUCAAGCGAAGAAUCAAGAGCGAGGGCGUUGCGCCGUACUUGACGAGGAUCAUAUCGUCCCGACUAGCGUGGAUCGAGGAUGACAACCAGAAAGAGCAAAUAUGGGAAGCCGCAUCUCAACGUCUGAGCGAGCGAAGCGGCAGGUCAGCAAUGGGUGCGAUAACUCGGACCUUUGUCAUUGCCGUGCAGCCUCCAUCGCCUCUCGAGCAAUCUAUCAGCAGGAACCCGUCUUCAGAAGCAGACGCCAUACAGAUCCUCGAUCCUGAAAACAACCUCGAACUGACUCUGCACGAACCAGCUCUCACUUCCGACAAUCUGGGUCUCAAGACAUGGGCUUCUUCCUAUUUGCUGGCCAAACGCCUGGGCCUGUUGCGGGAAGUCUUGCCGUCACUACAGCACGAUGCCAUCAUACUCGAACUGGGUGCCGGAACAGGAAUGGUUGGCCUCGCCGCAGCUGCGGUCUUUGCUCGACACGUGAUUCUGACUGAUCUGCCUGAGAUUGUAGAGAAUUUAGAGCGCAACGUGCAGGCGAAUGCAUCAUCUCUGACACUUCGUGGAGCAAGGGCUGAUGUCGCCGUGUUGGACUGGACUUCACCAAGGUCGUUCACGCUGGAAGGCGUUCACAGUGGCCAUGCAGGAACAUUUCCCUUGAUUCUUGUUGCAGACCCCAUCUACAGUCCCGAGCACCCUCGCUUUCUCGUUCAAGCCAUCGAGUAUCACCUGAGCCAUGAUGAAGAUGCUCGAGUGGUGGUUGAAUUGCCGCUGCGCGAGGCAUAUGUAGCUGAGCGCCAGGAUCUGCGUACUCGCAUGACAGCCAUAGGACUCACAAUCAUAGACCAAGGUGAGGAAGUCGGACUCGAUGACUGGUCAAGUGGCAAUGACGAAGAGUUGACUGAAGUUCGUUGUUGGUGGAGUGUUUGGGGCCGGAUGUGA